GUAAUAUAUCCGUUAGGUAAAUUGCCUAUCUUCUAACAAAUAAACAGACGGACGGACUGCCAAAUGCAAUCGCUCGCUUGUUUAAGUAAAAAAUUACUUAGUGAGAAAAAUCUUGUUUACUAGCGCCUAGAGUAUCGCAGACAGAGACGAGAGCGUGACGUUUCCUUAUCAUAACCAGACAUCAGUAUCCGUUAAACCUUGCAUCCGACUGGUAAUGGAGUCGUUACCAAAAGACUCUCUAAUUGAGUUCAAUCCAGAAACACUUCAGGAUUUAAGGAAACAGUAUGAUUUGGACAAACCCGGGAGGAUCGAAGAAGCUAUCCAUAUAUUGGAGGAAUGGGUAAAGAAGCAGAAUCACUUCGUGGUUAAAAGUUUCCCACGGGAUUAUUUAGAGAGGUCCAUCAUUAUAAGCAAAGGGUCCGUGGAACGGGCUAAGAAAAAGUUGGAUAAAAUAUGCACUUUCAGAACAAUAUUUCCUGAUUUCUUUGAAAUAUUUGAUGUGAAAAAAUCCCCGCUGUUGGAUGAUCUAUAUGGAGUUUUUCUACCUAAACUUACGAAGGAUCAUUACAGAGUUUUUUUCUUAAUAAACAGGGCAAAGACAUUUCAGACGGGAUUUCUUGAUUUUUAUCGUUAUUUCUUUAUGCAAUGUGACUACAUUCAAGCUUAUGACUACUGCAACGGAAUAAUCAUGGUGUUAGAUUAUACAGAAGCAAAUGUUAUGGAGACCGUCAAAUGGUUCAAUUUGACUCAUCUUCGGGAAUCUAUCACGAUUAUUAGGGAAGGAUACGGUAUGCGGAUCAAAGGCAUACAUUUCGUGACAGGAUCAAAGGCGAUUGACGCAAUUGUCACGAUUUUCAAACAAGUGCUAAGCGAUAAGAUUGUUGGACGUAUAUAUGUCCACAAAACUGUAGAAGAAAUUGGAGAAUUUUUAGACAAAGAUAUUAUUCCAGUGGAAUAUGGUGGUAACGGUAAACCUUUGCUUGAAUUGCAAAAAACAAACCUAGAGAUAUUAACUUCAAAAAGUGUUAUAGCACAUAUAAGUGAAAUGAGGAAAGCACGCACCAACGAAACUUUAAGAAAAAUGCAAGAUAAUCACGAAAAUCAAUAUUCGGGACUGCCAGGAUCAUUUAGAGCACUGGCCGUUGAUUAAAUUAGAAUUAAGUUAUUUAAGACUUGAUGCGGUUGAGGUUAUUAACAAUAUUGCAAGGCGCAUGGAAUAAAAUCUAGAUACAACUACUAAUAAAAACAAUAAAAGUAUUAUUCACAAUACUUAGGAAUACCUACCUUACCUACCCUUUGCUUAAUUAGGAAUACCUACUCGUCAUCUUAACAAGCCUGUUUUUUUUGACACUACAAGUUAACUCCUUAAUGCAAUCUCACCAGGUGGU